AUGGCUAGUCCUUUGUACAUGUUCAACCGCAAGUACCCUGUUCGAUCGAUUAGCUUGCCUUCCAGAUCCCACCCGACCACCCUUAAAAUUGAAGACGAGCUCAACAAGCUCAAGUUGUGGGAGGCCACAUCGACUCUGUCAUUCAAGACGAUUGGCACGGGUCUCUCGGGCCUCGAGGAGGCAUAUGGGUACUUGGAUGAGCUUCUCAAUAUGUCAUCCACCCAACAAGUCCUCUCUCAGAACAAGCAAGAGAAGUUCAUCAAUGAACUGUUGGAUUCCUCGGUUCAGCAAUUAGAUGUCUGUGGCGUUGCCAGGGACCUGGUCUUGCAAGUCAAGGAACACGUUCAAACACUCCAAUCCGUGCUCCGAAGAAGGAAGGGGGAUUUGAGCAUUGAAACGCGUCUCUUGGACUAUGCAAACUUCAGGAAAAAGGCAAAGAAGGACGCCAAAAGAUUGAGUGGGGCUCUGAAACAAAUGGAAAGCCGGUUCGCUCCUCUCGUCAAUCAAGAUGACCAUUUCUUGGCUGUGAUGAAAGUUCUGAGAGAAACCGGGGAGUUCAGCAUUUCCAUAUUCCAGUCCAUCCUUGGUCCAUUCUCAGGACCCGUCUCAAGUCCUAAAGAGUCGAGAUGGUUGCUGAUCUCAAGAUUGAUCCACAAGGGGGUGAUGACAUGCAAAGAGAGGCAAGAAAGUGAGAACGAGUUACAAUACGUCGAUGAUGCCUUAAGCAUUCUAUUAAAGAACAUUUCCUGGGAUGAACCUGGGGCCGAAAAUGUACGGAUUGUGCAGAAGCAAUUGAAGGAUCUGGAGAAGAGCCUUGGAAGCCUCGACGAAGGACUCGAAAGCAUUUUCAGGCAACUGAUUAGAUCAAGGACCUCACUUUUGAACAUAAUCUCCCAAUAG